AUGGAGAGCUUAGAGGAGCUGAGCCGGGCUGCUGCCAACAACAGUACCGAGACUGUUGCUCAUGAUGCCCCAGCAUCCCACUCGCCCUCGACGCAGGUAGAACCUCUCAAAACGUCAUUUUCCGAUCCCGUGCUCUCGCGAAACAAUUCCCAGUCUGCGGCGUCUGGCAGUACGCUACAAAUUGACCAGCAUCCGUCGGUGGAUGGCACGUCCACUCUUAGAGAUGACAGCACCGAUGAACUCGGCAAGGACGCAGAAGGCUUCUUCCCUCAGCUGUCGUACAACCCACCAACCUCCGCAGACGACAAGUACACUGAGGAAUUUGCGGUCGCCGACGAAGAGCCACUUGCACCAUCCUUUGAGCGAACUACCUCCCCGGUGACGUCAACUCAGAGAAGUAAGACCUCGUUCUACGAAAAGGCCGGCGAAGAAGGCGUUGUGCGUAUGCACAAAUUCACCCUCUAUGAAACGGCAACGCGAUACUACCUGGUCGGGAUUGACCAGCUCGAUACCCGUUAUCGAAUCCUGAAGAUCGAUCGCACGUCCGAGUCGGAUGACUUGAGUCUCUCCGAAGAAGGAAUUGUCUAUACAAAACAGGAAAUGAAUCAGCUGCUUGAGACUAUUGAAGAUGGAAACAAGAGUUCGGGUGGUUUAAAGCUCAAGUGUAGCGCAUGGGCGUUGCUUGGAUUCAUUCGCUUUACAGGCGCAUACUACAUGUUGCUGGUCACCAAGAGAAGCUCGGUAGCCAACAUCGGAGGUCACUUUCUCUAUCAAGUCGACGGCACAGAACUGGUUCCGCUCACGACAUCGGCUUCCUCUCGUAUUAGGCCCGAGAAAAACUCAGAAGAGGCCCGUUACAUAGGGAUAUUGAAUAAUCUCGACCUGUCCCGGUCAUUCUAUUUCAGUAAUUCAUACGAUAUCACACGCACAUUGCAGCAUAAUAUUUGUCGCGAACGCACUCACCUCCAGAAAGACCUUCAUAGCUUACCUGAUUACGAUCACAAUUCAAUGUUUGUAUGGAACCAUCACCUUCUUAGCCCAGUCGUUGCGAGCCUCAAGACCCCGUAUGACUGGUGUCUGCCUAUUAUUCACGGUUAUGUCGACCAGUCUGUUCUUUCGGUGUACGGGCGGUCUGUGUAUAUUACAAUCAUCGCCCGCCGUUCUCGAUUUUUUGCCGGUGCUAGGUUUUUGAAACGAGGAGCGAACGACUUGGGCUACGUUGCCAACGAUGUAGAAACCGAACAAAUAGUUUCCGAGGUAACGACGACAUCUUUUCAUUCGCCGGGUCCUCGACUCUAUGCAAAUCCGCGAUUCACCUCGUAUGUACAACAUCGAGGCAGUAUCCCACUUUAUUGGACACAGGACAGCACUGGGGUGAGCCCGAAGCCGGACAUUGAGCUCAAUCUCAUCGAUCCAUUCUACUCGGCUGCUGCACUACACUUUGACAACCUGUUUGAGAGAUACGGGGCUCCCAUAUACGUCCUAAAUUUGAUCAAAGCAAGAGAGCGCACACCUCGAGAGUCAAAACUGCUUAAGGAGUACAAUAAUGCCGUGGAUUAUCUCAACCAGUUUUUACCGGAAGAUAAGAAAAUCAUAUACAAGGCAUGGGAUAUGAGCCGAGCGUCCAAAAGCCGCGACCAAAACGUGAUUGACACACUAGAGGAUAUUUCGUCUGAGACAUUGCCCAUCACCGGAUUCUUCAGGAACGGUGACGACCGAGAGUCCGGGUUGCAGCUUCAAAGCGGUGUGGUGAGGACGAACUGUAUUGAUUGCUUGGAUCGAACAAACGCUGCUCAAUUUGUUAUCGCCAAAAGGGCGCUGGGUUAUCAGCUGCAUGCUCUCGGAGUUAUAGAGGGAACGCAAGUUCACUAUGAUACGGACGCAGUCAACAUGUUCACUAAUAUGUGGCAUGACCACGGAGACACCAUUGCUAUUCAGUACGGCGGGUCUCAUCUUGUCAACACAAUGGCGACAUACCGCAAGACAAACCAAUGGACCAGCCAGUCGAGAGAUAUGGUUGAGAGUUUCAAGCGCUACUAUAACAAUUCAUUCUUAGAUGCGCAGCGCCAAGAGGCAUAUAACCUCUUUCUCGGAAACUAUACAUUUACUCAAGGACAACCUAUGCUUUGGGACCUCUCCACAGACUACUAUUUACAUCAUACAGAUCCGCGGACCUGGUCCAAACUCAAGAGACCAGACUAUAUUACUUGGUACACUCCUGAGAAUUUGGAAAAGAGAGAUGAGCCUAGCAGCUGCCCUCCAUCGACAACGCCCAAGGACAAGUCAAUCACGUAUUAUGAUGACUACUGGUUGGAGUACUACCGGCCUCUAUCGCUGACAUCUUUUGGAAAGAUCUACCCCUUGAGACUCAACUCAACUCUCAAGUAUCUUCCCUUCCGGUCCACCCAAGGCGGGCGAUACGAUUUGAGCCCCUUUGUGGUGAGAACUCCGCCACACGAACCAGCAAGUCGGGAACGUACGGUCCCUUUAGGCCAUCAGCGUAAAGGGGUCAAAAUCCAAGAGCCAGACAGUACAAGCGACCAGACAAGCGGGACUUCUCGUGGCGUUGAUGUCAUGGAACCCAUCCGUAGUUGGCAACGUCAACAACCGUCGGCCGAAAAACGACCACCAUCAGCAGGUAUCAUGAAAGAGACAGGGGCGACACUGGCAAGUUCCGUGCCUACGCUUCCGUCCAUGUCAACGUCUCUUACAGAUAGCACUGGCACUGGCAGAGCACCUAGCAAAGCGCAAAUCGCCCAGUGGACGCUGGACCAGUUGGUGUCAGGCUCGCUGAAUCCGUCUGUGACGUCGACCGAAGCCGAGGAAUACGAGCGCUACAUCAACCAUCCUCUCAAGGUCCCUCUCGUUGUCACAUCCGACGACGAUUUGGAAACGGCGUCGUCGCUACGAGAACGAGGUGCGAAUCUAGAGUUGUUGGAAUACGUGAAUAAAGCCCGUGGCGUCAGUGCGGGAGGCAUGCGAGAAACGUUUAUUGCUGAAGAGGAUCUGACUGAUUAUGCCGAGUUUCUCAAGGUGGAUGAAGACGCUCUAACUGUUGUCGCCGAGGACCGUGAUAAAAAGAGGUACAAGAGAUAUCGCCAAUGGUUGAAGGGGAAGAGUUUGUUUAAGCAGAGGGUCGAUGCGUGA